UCGUUGCUAGCGGGAAAUACGCUGCUGCAAAGAUCCUGCGGUGGGGGGGACUGUUAUUGAUGUUUUUCUGUUGCUGUGUGUCUGCCUGAACUUUUCACUUUUCUUCAACCAUGAAGGCUGAAAUGGAAAGAAUUAUUUCCUUAUCAAAUGGCGACAGUUCUGGAGAGCUUCAAAAAUACUUGUCCUCCCUCUCUGAAAGCAAGCUCACUACGUUAAUUACCAGUAGUGCACUCAAGGGGAAAACGAUUGGCACAAUUAUUAAAGCCGUCUUCAAAGGCUCGCCACCUGGAUCUAGUGAAGGUUCAAAACGCAGACUGUUGCUUUACCAACACUGCAUACCUCUCUGUGAGUCUGGUGACCUCCAAAGUGAAGUGGCAGCUGAUAUUAUUGGACUGCUCAUGUUAGAGACACACACUUUGGUUGGACCCUCGCUUGCAAAACUAGCAGAUCUAUUCAUUGAAGAAAUCAAGGCAGGAAAAAUAAGCAAUGGCAAAUCUUUGGAGCUAUUUCCGACUGUACUUAUGGCUAUAACAGCUUGUGAAACAUUGUCAUACAGCAAAGGUGAGCUCAGUGGUGAGCAAUACAAGAAACAGCUGAUCAACAGCCUUUGCGCUAGCAGAUGGGACUCACAAUGUGUUAUCCAACUGACCACGAUGUUCAGGGAUGUGCCCCUGUCACUGGAUGAGUUGCGGUUUGUGGUGGAGAAAGUGCUGCGCAUGUUCAGCAAGCUCGACCUGCAGGAAAUUCCGCCACUUGUUUAUCAGUUGCUCUUGUUAUCUGCAAAGGGUUGCAAGAAACAGGUCCUCGAUGGAAUCGUUCAUUAUUUUAAGCAGCAAGACCUUCACCAGCAAGAGGAGCAGAAACAUGGAGAGAACUUGGAUUUAGAAGUUCAGUCCAUUCCGCAGGACCAGCUAAGACAUGUGGAGGGCACUGUUAUCCUCCACACUGUUUUUGCUGUGAGGCUCAACCAUGAACUUGGGAGAGAAUUCCUGAAAAGCAUCAAAGCUUCAUAUGGGGACCUUUGCCCUUUCAGCGUUGCCCUAUUGCUCUCUGUUGCACAGAUCCAGCGCUACGAGGAACAGGUGUUUGAACUUUUCAAGCGGGCAAUUCUCAAGAGCUUGAAAGAUGUGCAGCUGCUGCAGGGCUCCAAGUUCCUGCAGGACCUCCUCCCUCGUGGUCACUGUAACAUCACUGAGAUCAUUUUGGACACGGUGAAAAGCAGUGUCUUUGCAUGGGAUCAUGUGACCCAGGGCCUAGUGCAGCUGGGUUUCUUUCUAAUGGAUACAUUUGGACCGAAACCCAGACCAUUUGGAAAGACAACAGAAGGUUCUGCUGCUGUGGCCCGAACUCCUUCUCAGCUGGCAUGUAAGCUUGGAGGUCAGGUGCUCCUCCAGGGCUUCAAGAUGCAUGAGGCAAUAAGAGGCGAGAUACUGGAGCAAGUUCUGAAUCGACUGGUCACAAAGACUGCCUCACCUGUCAAUCAUUUUAUAGACCUCUUCUCAGACAUUGUAACCUCCGCUCCAAUGAUGUUGCUGGAAUCAUCCUCCAAGGUUACAGAGACAUUUGACCACCUGUCAUACCUUCCCCUGCCCACUGUGCAGGGAUUGCUAAAAGCUGUUCAGCCUCUGCUGAAAGUCAGCAUGUCUAUGAAAGAUGCGUUGAUUCUGGUUCUCCGCAAGGCCAUGUUUUCAAGCCAACUGGAUGGACGAAAGUCAGCUGUAACCGGCUUCUUGUUGUUGCUGAAGAACUUCAAAGUGCUGGGCAGCCUGGCCUCCAGCCAGUGCAGCCAGACAAUCUCCUCCAGCCAGAUCCAAGUGGAUGUUCAUUCUCGUUAUAACGCUGCUGCCAAUGAGGCCUUCUGUCUGGAAAUCUUGAGCAGCCUGCGUCGUUGCCUUGGCCAGCAGGCUGAUGUGCGUCUCAUGCUCUAUGAGGGCUUCUAUGAUGUUCUUCGUCGGAACUCCCAACUUGCAAGCUCCAUCAUGCAGACACUUUUCUCACAGUUGCGGAGGUACUACGAACCCGAACAAGAUCUCUUGCCCCCAUUGAAACUGCAGCCCUGCAUCACAGCUAGUGGAGAACAGAUCCACCUUCAGGAGCCUCUAGCCCACCUGGUAUCCUCCACUGUACACUGCCUUUUGUGGCUUACAAAUAUGCGACGAUCAGCCAAAAUCAGCGCUUACGACGAUGAUGAUAACGAAGACGAGGAUGAGGGAUAUCAAUCCGAGCUGCAAGUUAUUCUCGAGAGCAUCACAAAACGCAUGAUCAAAAGUGAAAUGGAGGACUUUGAACUGGACAAGUCAGCAGAAUUCUCCACUGUAUCCAGUGUUGGUGUGAAGAAUAAUAUCUACGCUGUGCUCGUGAUAGGACUCUACGAGGUCCUCUUGGAGUACAACUUUGUCAAAGGCAAUUACAGUAAAAGUGCCUUUGAGGAGUUAGUGGAGCUGUUCAACCGCUACUACAAGCUGUGUGAGAUCCUGAGGGAGAAAUCCGGAAAAGGUCGGCAGGCCUCAAACAAAAUUCCUCGGAGUUUACUCUCAAUGGGCUUCAUAUCAACUCUUGUCACUGCGCUCUUUCAAGACAGCUAUCAGAGCAGAGAGGAGGCGCUCACCGUGUUGCGCUCCAGUGGAGAAUUUGUACGUUAUGCGCUCUGCGUGGCUGUACAGAAGAUCCAGCAGCUGGAAGAUACUGGAGUUACAGACGGCCCAGACGGCCAAAGUUCAGACUCGACUUUCCGCUUCCUGUGUGAAAUGACAAGUGUGCUGAUGUGGCGGUAUACCAACGUCCCCAGUGCAACGGAGGAUGCUGGGAAGAAAGAAAAGCGGUCCAGCCUGUCACAAUUGAGCCUGGAGGGUCUUCUUGGGGUAUUCAAUGCAUGCCAGCAGCGCUAUCCUGACAAGAUGACCAAGCUUCUCUCAUCCUUUGAUAACUCGGACGACAUUGCUGAGCCAGAAGAUUGUGAACAGAUGAAGUACUGUUACAUCCGUCAAUUUCAGAGAGCGCUGUUUGCCCAGUUGAGUCGAGGAGAGGAGGAAUUUAACAGCAAAGAAGCUCAACUAUUGGUCAAAAUUUUGAGCGUGCUCUCACUCCAGCUAAAUCCCUCCUCUCAGCAAUUUGCUGAGAUGAUCACAUGGACGGUGAAAAUCUGCAAGGAGACCAGCUUUGAGGACUCUGCUUUGUCCAAAGGGCUGCUCUCACUUCUCUUCAGCCUGCAUGUUCUUUUUAAGAGCCCUGCCAGCUUGUUGCUGGAACUCUGUCAGGACAUCCAUAGCCACCUCGGAGAUAUUGAUCAGGAUGUGGAGGUAGAAAAGCAGUCGCACUUUGCUAUUGUCAACAUGAAAACAGCAAUGACAGCAGCACUGCAGGUCAUGUCUCAAGCGGACAAGGUGCUAGAUGAAGUGGACUGGCUAAUCGGCACAAAGAAAAGCCAGAUGGCCGCUGACAAAUCAUGCCCUGAAGAGGCCACACAGUCUGCAGGCCAGCAGGACCCUGCAGAGAAAGCAGUGACACUGCAGCUUGGAACACUCCUGACCGCACUCAACGAGUUGGUCCAGACCGCGUUGCAGCUCGGAACUUGCACCAUCACAUUGGUCAAAGUUCUGAGUCGCACUUACGCCAUCCUCACCACGCUCGUUAAAUAUUACAUUCAAGUUUGUGCCAGUCAGAGUGGUAAAUUGCCUUUCCGCUUUGAGAAGCUGGUCAAACUCUCUGGCUCCCAUCUGACUCCACAAUGCUAUUUCUUCAUCACAUAUGUUCAGGGGGGAGAGCCCAGUGUUGGAGGUGCAGACAAGAAGAAAAAGAAGAACGAGGUGAACACUGCUGCCACUGCAAAACUUCUGCGUCAGACAAAGGCCAUUCCCGACUUGAUCUUCAGCAUUGAACAGUAUGAGAAAUACGUCAUCACACUCUCAAAGAAGUCAAAGGUCAAUCUGAUGCAAUACAUGAAACUGAGCACCUCGAGAGAUUUCCGUAUCAAUGCUGCUUCUCUAGACGCGGCCCUGCAGGAGCAGGACAACACUGUGGAGGUUGAGUCACAAGCUGUGGAAAAGACUCAAGAACCCAAACUGAAGAAAAAACGGAAACAUUGAGCUGCUCACGUUGGUUACACGCAUCUCCUGCUUGCAUGUUGUUGAGCUUCCAGGCAUUUCUCCAUUUUGGGUUCACAUGUUACGAGUGUCCUUGGCCUGGUCCAUAAGAUUUUGUCUUCCUUUACUGAGGGAGCCUUUGGUGAUGUCCAUUAUUUGGUAGAUGUCCAAGGCUUCACCUGAAAGCACAUCUUGUGUGUUUAUCUGUUUUCACCUUUUGUUUAAUUUAAUUAUGAAGAAACACUAUAUUUAGCAUGUCUUGAAUUUCUGAACGCAUUUGUAUAGGUUCUAUGGCUGACAUUAAAACUGUACCAUACUGCAUCA